GGUCAGGGGAGGGGGCGUGUCCAGGCCUCUUCUGCCAGCGCUGGUGCUGAGUAGGAGGUGUCGUAGCAUUGGCUGUUUCCUUUCUUUUCUGUGCAAUCAGCAUUGUUUACUUUCAGCACUGAACACCGGCUAUCUGUCCGGAGGCAGCAUCGGCUGUGCCUCGGUGUCCAGCACUUGCAGCAUCCUGCUCAGCCUUCAUCUACAUGUAUAUGCUUGCAUCUCUAUAGGGCAAUGGGCAUAGUAGCAGGCUGUAGUAGGUAGAUGGUGUCAUUGUAAACAUUCCCUGUGGCUGGUCACCUACCUGCUGUGGAGCAUCAUGAGGUUGUGCAGGUACCUGCUGAAAAACGCCAUCCCCAAUCAGAUCGAGUACUACUCCAAGUUCUCCCCCUCGCCUCUCUCCAUCAAGCAGUUCCUGGAUUUUGGACGCAAUAAUGCUUGUGAAAAAACCUCAUACCUUUUCUUGCGAAAGGAAUUGCCCGUACGACUUGCCAACACAUUGAAAGAGGUCAACCUGCUGCCUGAAAGUUUACUCCAAAGACCAUCAGUCAAGCUAGUACGAACCUGGUACAUGCAAAGUUUUCUUGAACUUUUAGAAUAUGAGCAUAAGAGCCCAGAAGAUCCUGAUGUACUUAAUAACUUUUUAAAUGUCCUCAUUCAAGUGAGGAACCGACACAAUGAUGUGGUCCCCACCAUGGCCCAAGGAGUGAUUGAAUACAAAGAGAAGUACGGCUUUGACCCAUUUGUCAGUAGCAAUAUCCAGUAUUUCCUGGAUAGAUUCUACACAAGCAGAAUUUCUUUCCGUAUGCUCAUUAAUCAACACACUCUUCUGUUCGGAGGGGACAUUAAUCCUGCCCAUCCCAAGCAUAUAGGCAGCAUUGAUCCUUCCUGCAAUGUACCAGAGGUAGUAAAAGAUGCCUAUGAUACGGCAAAGAUGCUGUGUGAGCAAUACUACUUUUCUGCACCUGAGUUGAAAAUUGAAGAAUUCAAUGCAAAGGCUCCUGGCAGACCUCUGCAGGUGGUCUAUGUGCCCUCUCAUCUAUUUCACAUGCUAUUUGAAUUAUUUAAGAAUUCAAUGAGAGCAACAGUGGAGAAGCAUGAAGGCAAGGCAGACAUCCUACCACCUAUAAAGACCCUGGUCACCCUUGGAAAAGAGGAUCUUUCCAUAAAGAUUAGUGACCAAGGUGGAGGUGUGCCUUUGAGAAAAAUAGAUCGCCUGUUCAAUUAUAUGUAUUCUACAGCACCCAGGCCCAGUCUAGAGCCAAGCCGAGCUGCUCCAUUGGCUGGUUUUGGGUAUGGACUGCCUAUAUCUCGACUUUAUGCCCGCUAUUUCCAAGGAGACCUUAAACUCUAUUCCAUGGAAGGUGUUGGUACUGAUGCAGUUAUUUAUCUAAAGGCUGUGUCCGGGGAUUCAUUCGAGAGACUGCCGGUCUUUAACAAGUCAGCAUGGCGACAUUACAAAACGGCAGCAGAAGCAGAUGAUUGGAGCAAUCCAAGCAGAGAACCACGGGAUGCUUCCAAGUACAAGGCUAAUUAACGGACAGCCUUCAGGGUUUCUCGCAAAAUGGCAUUAUUAUUAUUUUUCUUGUUUAUUGAACGUGUAGCCUGCUAAUGCAGAGCAUUACUGAGUGUAUACUGGUCAGUAGCAGUGG